CAUGUUUAUACAGUAUAGUAGAAUUAUAAAUUUCAGAGGAUUGAAGCAUGGUGGAGGCACCUACGACAAAUGUGCAUUGGAUUCUGGAUGGACUUUUUCGGGGAUAUGGAUGACCAAGGUUUACUGUCCACAGCAAAUGACUUACAUGUGGAGUGUUUAAGGUUCUGUUUCAAUGGAAUUAUUCAAAGGGAGCUGGAUCAAAUCAGAGCAGAAUGGAACACUCAUAGAGUUCGGCAUUCAGCUGAACACACAUUAGAGGGAAAACCAGAUCUGUUGUACCAUUACCCAGAAUUAUUUGGUGCUUCAGAUUUUAGAUAUCCAGUUGCAGAAAGUGAUAUUGACGAGUUAGAGCUGUUCACAACAAAGCCACCAGAAUUCGGUUGCCUAGACAACUGUGCUGAGCAUUUUCAACAGUUAAUGGGAAACCAUGGCAAAGAAAUGCCAAGAACAUGUUUGGAUGCAAAAUCUCUCUACUUGUGGCUGAUACAAUAUGUAUAAAUACUGUAUUAAAUAACUGCAUUCACUCUUUCCAAAACUUCAGUGCAUCUAAGCUAAAAUAUAAGUGUUCAGAAAAGUUUAAGGAAGAGACUUUUUUACACUUCAGUAAUAAAUGAGAUAAACUGAAAACAUUUA